GAGACAUUAUUGGCUGUUGAGCUCUCUUCUCUGCUCCAUCAACUGCAGGAGGCUACACUGGAGAUGCGGAGUUAUAUCAGUUUCAUUACAACUUUUUGCUUUUAAAUCUAUAUGAUUACACAUUUAUCUGUAUAUAAGCACCCCAAAAAACUACUAGGUCUUUAACCUCCAGGGGGAAAAUCGACUAUCCGGAGACAGUUGGAAUAAUCGGCUACAAGACAAAGGAUGAAGAGCUUUGCGUGGUGGCAGCAGUGGGAUGUAACGGUGGCCCUGCUCCUUGCUAUGUGGAUUCCCUCUUGCCAGGGCCAGACAACACCCUCUCCCUCGCAGCAGAACGACAAGCUGAAGUUCCGGCUGGUGGGCUACCCCCGCAAGCACAACGAGGGGCGCGUGGAGAUCUUCUACAAGGGCGAGUGGGGCACCAUCUGUGAUGACGACUUCUCCCUGGCGAACGCCCACGUGCUGUGCCGCCAGCUGGGCUUCGUUUCUGCCACUGGCUGGACUCACAGCGCCAAGUAUGGCAAGGGGAUAGGAAAGAUCUGGCUGGACAAUGUGCAGUGCAGUGGCAGCGAGAACAGCAUUGAGUUCUGUAAGUCUCGCGGCUGGGGCAACAGUGACUGCACCCACGACGAGGACGCUGGCGUCGUCUGUAAGGAUGAGAGACUGCCCGGCUUUGUGGACUCCAAUGUCAUCGAGAUGCAGGUGGAGGUGAACAGGGUGGAGGAGGUCCGACUGCGCCCGGUGGUGGCCAUCGCUAAGAAGCGGAUGCCUGUCACGGAGGGCAUAGUGGAGGUGAAAUACAAGGAUGGCUGGGCCCAGGUCUGUGACCUGGGCUGGACCCCAAAAAACUCCCGCGUCAUCUGUGGUAUGAUGGGGUUCCCCUAUGAAAGGAAGGUCAACAAGAACUUCUACAAGCUGUUUAUGGAGAGACAGCAGCACCACUACCUCAUACACUCGGUGGCUUGCCUGGGGACCGAGGUGCACCUGUCCACCUGCCCCAUGGAAUUCGGAAAGGGGAACGCCAGUGCCCCCUGUGAGGGCGGCAUGCCUGCCGUGGUCAGCUGUGUGCCCGGCCCACAGUACUCACAAGCCAGCAGCCAGAAGAAGAAGGUCAAAACAACGAGCACGGUGAGGCUGAAGGGGGGUGCGAGGUUUGGGGAAGGGCGCGUGGAGGUGCUGAAGAACAAUGAGUGGGGGACGGUGUGCGAUGACCGCUGGAACCUGCACUCCGCCAGCGUGGUGUGCCGGGAGCUGGGCUUCGGCAGUGCCAAGGAGGCCCUGACGGGGGCGCGCAUGGGCCAGGGAAUGGGUCCCAUCCACAUGAACGAGGUUCAGUGCACCGGUCAGGAGAGGUCGAUCUGGAACUGCCGCUACAAGAACAUCACGUCGGAGAACUGCCAGCACGCCGAGGACGCGUCCGUGCGGUGCAACGUGCCCUACAUGGCCUUCGAGAACACGAUCCGCAUCACGGGGGGGCGCACCCGUUACGAGGGCCGGGUGGAGGUGGUGACCACGGACGCCAACGGGACGCAGGGCUGGGGGCUGAUCUGUGGAGAGGGCUGGAGCACACGAGAGGCCAUGGUGGUGUGCAGGCAGCUGGGGCUGGGCUACGCUAACCACGGCCUGCAAAUCCGGAUCGUCGGUGGACGGACGAAUUUCGAGGGUCGGGUGGAGGUUAAGGUUGGGUCCAAGUGGGGCACUGUAUGCAGUGAUGGAUGGACCACUAAAGAGGCCAUGGUGGCCUGUCGGCAGCUAGGGCUGGGGUACUCCAUGCAUGCCAUCACUGAAACAUGGUACUGGGACAGCAGCAACGUGACGGAGAUGGUGAUGAGCGGGGUGAGGUGCACGGGGGACGAGAUGGCGCUCAGCCACUGUCAGCACCACAAGGUCUUCAGCUGCCAGAAGGCCGCUCCGCGUUUCUCUGCGGGGGUCAUCUGCUCCGAGACGGCCUCCGACCUGAUCCUGAACGCCCCGCUGGUCCAGCAGACGGUCUACAUCGAGGACCGGCCCCUGCACAUGCUGUACUGCGCGGCCGAGGAGGACUGCCUCUCCAAGUCGGCCGCCAAGGCCAACUGGCCCUACGGCCACCGCCGCCUGCUGCGCUUCUCCUCCCAGAUCCACAACAUCGGCCGCGCCGACUUCCGCCCCAAGGCCGGGCGCCACUCCUGGGUGUGGCACGCCUGCCACGCGCAUUACCACAGCAUGGACAUCUUCACACACUAUGACCUGCUGUCUGUCAAUGGGACCAAGGUGGCUGAAGGACACAAAGCCAGCUUCUGUCUGGAAGACAGCGAGUGCCAGGAAGGCGUUGCUAAGCGCUACGAGUGCGCCAACUUCGGUGAGCAGGGCAUCACGGUGGGCUGCUGGGACCUGUAUCGCCAUGACAUCGACUGCCAGUGGAUUGACAUCACUGACGUCAAGCCAGGAAAUUACAUCUUACAGGUUGUGAUCAACCCCAACUACGAGGUCGCGGAGAGCGACUUCACCAACAACGCCAUGAAAUGCAACUGCAAAUACGACGGCCAUCGCAUUUGGCUGCACAACUGUCACAUCGGUGAUGCCUUCAGCGACGAGGCUGAAAGGAGGUUCGAAAAGUACCCUGGGCAGCACAACAACCAGAUCUCCUAAAUCCGGCACAAGGGCUCGGAAGAGCCGCUCCAAAUGCCUAGCAAAGCAAUGGGCCCAGGUGCUCACCGUUUCAGCACCGAAUUAGAUUUCUGUGUGUCCGGCAGCCAACCCCAUCCCCCCAC